AGAGUACGAUUCCAGGAUUGGUGGAACGAGCUGGAGUCCCGCCUCGGCGCGCUGGGUCUUGUGGGUGGAAGCGCGCUGACUGGGUUCUGGCGUUUCGCGCAAUGCUGCGGCGGGGAGACCUGACGCUAACUCCGAGACACUUGAAUUAACUUUAGCAGAAGAGAAAUGGAGGAACCAUAGAACAUUAAGGAUGAAUUCGGGAAGACCUGAGACCAUGGAGAACUUGCCUGCUCUCUACACUAUUUUCCAAGGAGAGGUUGCUAUGGUGACAGACUAUGGAGCCUUUAUCAAAAUCCCAGGCUGUCGGAAACAAGGUCUGGUCCAUCGAACUCACAUGUCAUCCUGUCGAGUGGAUAAGCCUUCUGAGAUAGUAGAUGUCGGAGACAAAGUGUGGGUGAAGCUAAUUGGCCGAGAGAUGAAAAAUGAUAGGAUAAAAGUAUCCCUCUCCAUGAAAGUUGUCAACCAAGGGACUGGGAAGGACCUUGACCCCAACAACGUUAUCAUUGAGCAAGAAGAGAGGCGGAGGAGGUCCUUCCAGGAUUACACUGGGCAGAAGAUCACUCUCGAGGCUGUCCUGAACACUACCUGCAAGAAGUGUGGCUGUAAAGGCCACUUUGCGAAGGAUUGUUUCAUGCAGCCAGGUGGGACCAAGUACUCUCUGAUACCUGAUGAGGAAGAGGAGAAGGAAGAGGCCAAGUCAGCAGAGUUUGAAAAGCCUGACCCCAUGAAGAAUUCUUCUAGAAAAAGAAAGAAAGAAAAGAAGAAAAAGAAACAUAGAGACAGGAAGUCAUCUAACUCUGACAGCUCAGACUCUGAGAGUGAUACAGGCAAGAGGGCAAGGCACACAUCAAAAGACAACAAGGCGGCCAAGAAGAAGAAAAAGAAGAAGAAGCACAAGAAGAAGCACAAGGAGUGAGAGUGGAAAGAGUAGAAGGGGUGGUUGAGAGAAGGAAACCGGAGCCUUGUACCUUGAAGCCCUGGCUCCUGGAAGGACUCACUAGUGAGAAUGUGGCCUCCCACCCCAUUUUCUCUCCCAUGGAAGGUGGCUUCCCCUUAGCCACAGGCAGGUUUGGGAGUUAAGUAUCAAAACCAUCUGCCUGAACGAGUUGUUUCCUUAUCACUCCUGGUCCCUCUGCAAGUGACCCCUGCAGCUCACCCUCUCAUCGACCCAACUUCCUUCAUUCAGCAGGAGGUCCUGUUAACCUCUCCAGCUGCCACUGCCAGAGCCAGAUUCCUAUACAGGAGUCUAGGCUAGAGCCACAGGUACUGCUGUGGAGGUGAGUCUGGCUAUAGUUGGAGGACAGUGAUUGGCCUGCUGUUGGUCUGCCCUGGGCUAAUUGGUGGGUGAUCUCUGUAGCAUCCAACACAGGCGCAGAGGGAGACUGGCAGUACAAGGGAGAACAUGGUAAGAAGUGGUGCUCACUUUUUCCAGUCCCCCAACACGAUUCUACUGUGUUAGAAGCGACAGCCAGCAGUCACAGCCAGAAACCAUUGUUUGCAGUGACUCAGCUUGUGUGUGACAUUCCAUCAGACCACUGAACCAAACAGCUCAAGCCAAGAUCGUUGCUUUACUUUGCAUUUACUACAGUGUGAGUCAAAUGGUUCCAUUUCAGGUCUCUGCUUAAAUUCCUGGCACUAAAUGGAAGUGUGUUUGGUUUUAAACUUACUGAGAGUCUUAACUGGUAUAAUCUCUUCCUGUAACCUCCAAACUUAAAAGUUACUGAGUGUGCAUUAGUUGACAGAAAAACAUUUAAUAUGUUACCUUAGACCUUGGAGAGAGGCCCAGCAAAGGUUCUGAGCCAAAGACACUGGCAGGUCCUAGCCUUCUUAGGAGAUCACUUAUAAGCCUCUCUUCUGUAAUGAUCAGAUGACCUCUCCCCUAGGGCUGACUGGAGAGCCAGUAAGGAUCUGUAACCGCAGGUAACGGCCUGGCAGAAGCUCAGCGGUCCUCUUGGCCAGUGGGCAUUUUCUUGUGCCUGGCUUGUGUCCUGAGCCUACUUUCUGGAAAGAGACCACUGCCUUCCACAAAGGGCAACUGUCCAGACUCCAGGGCAUUCAGUGCAGGACAGGCCUGAGGUGACAUUUCAGAAGCCUUGCCACUGAGUGAUUAUUCCAGGCUGGACGAGCUCACUUGGCCAUAGGAAGAGGGCAGUGUAAAGACAAGGUGUAGGUACAGCGGUUUAAUUUCUUGUAUGUGUAAGGUGAUCAUCUAUCACUGUUCCUGACACUGUCCACUUCAGUCUCAUCCAGUGCAUCUUCCUGAAUGGCAGUCAUCUCUGCCCACUCUGACACACACUGAAACUGGAACUCCCAGAGUCAUGUCACCAAAGACAAAGAGGCAGCUGGGUGGCCUUGGCUAUUUUAUUGACCUCAGAGCACCCUUUGGAUGCAAUUAAAAAAAAACAAACAUACACAACAAGAAC